AUGGACAUCCUCUCCCUUCCAUCCGAGGAUCGCCCCCUCGACCCAACAAACCUUACCCCCUCGACCCUCUUCCCCCUAAAAGCCGACAACAUCAUCUCCCCCCACCUCCAAAAACGCUACACAACAGUCUCCAUCCCCUCAACCUACGGCCGUCUAAACUCAAGCCCACCCCCGGGCACAGUGGCAGGCAUAGUCCUCGGCAGCGUAGGCGGCGUCGUCCUAAUCCUCUACCUAACCUUCCUAGCCCUAAACCCCGGCGGUCUAGCUCGGGGCGGCUCAUCAUCAAUCGACGAGGAAGUGGUAGUAACAGAAGGACGACGGUACCCAAGACGACGAGACGAUGCCAUCGAGGUUGUGGAGGAGAGGGACCGACGAGGCGGAUAUAGAAGACGACCUGACCCGCGGGAUGAUGAUAAUAUUAUUGUUGAGGAGUCGAUGACUGGAACUGCAACUUCGGAUGGAAGAGAUUACAUUCAGGUAGAGGAGGAGGAGAGUUCUGCCAUCUCGUCUGUUUCGACGAGGCCGGCUCGAAGGGCUAGGAGUCAUCGGUCUGGUGCGAGGACGAUUAAUCCGUUGGAUUAUGGUGGUGAGAGUGAGCUUGGGAGUAGAUAUUAG